GCCAUAGGUGCUCUGUUAAGUGUUAACGUAGUCGAGCUCAACUUCACCCAUUCUCGCGUCUCUUUCCAAAUUAUCAUGGCCUCCUCUUCUUCGUCUUUCUCAACCAGUAUCACUGAUUUAAAACCCAUGGCAAUUAAUUAUCGCUGUCUUUUCUCACUUAAACAGGAUUUCUCCCCUUUCUUCAAAUCCAAGUCAAAUUUUAGCUCCACUUUUUCGUCUCUUUCGGUCUCUCGGAAAUUGCACAGAAAAACAUUCCAAGUGAAUUCAGUCAGUGUUCCAACCGAAUCAGUAGCGGGCUUCGAUGAAAUGGUGUCGGGAACACAACGAAAGUAUUACAUGCUCGGUGGGAAGGGGGGAGUUGGAAAGACUAGCUGUGCUGCAUCACUUGCUGUUAAGUUUGCGAAUAAUGGUCAUCCAACUCUAGUGGUUUCAACUGAUCCUGCUCAUUCUUUGAGUGACUCUUUUGCUCAGGAUUUAACCGGGGGGAGAAUGGUGCCCGUGGAAGGUCCCGUUUUUCCCUUGUUUGCCCUUGAGAUAAACCCUGAACAAGCAAGGGAAGAGUUUCGAAGUGCCAGCAAGAGCAAUGGUGGGAGUGGUGUCAAAGAUUUCAUGGAUGGAAUGGGGCUGGGGUUAAUCGCGGACCAGCUUGGGGAACUAAAGCUUGGAGAGCUUCUGGAUACACCUCCACCGGGCCUUGAUGAAGCUAUCGCAAUUUCAAAGGUUAUUCAAUUUCUCGAAUCACAAGAAUACAACAUGUUCUCGCGGAUAAUAUUCGAUACUGCCCCCACUGGCCAUACUCUGCGACUUUUGUCAUUGCCGGACUUCUUAGAUGCAUCAAUCGGGAAGAUAUUGAAGUUAAGGCAGAAGAUUUCGUCGGCUACUUCAGCCAUAAAAUCUGUGUUUGGGCAAGAAGAAAAUCGGGAAGAUAGUGCCGAAAAGUUGGAGAAACUUAGGCAGCGAAUGAUAAAAGUGAGGGAGCUUUUCCGUGACACGAACUCUACAGAGUUUGUGAUAGUAACAAUUCCUACGGUGAUGGCAAUCAAUGAGUCAUCAAGAUUAACUGCAUCCUUAAAGAAAGAACGCGUUCCUGUCAAGAGACUAGUCGUUAACCAAGUUCUUCCCCCUUCUGCCUCUGACUGCAAGUUCUGUGCAAUGAAGAGGAAGGAUCAAACGCGUGCGCUUAGCAUGAUCGAGAGUGAUCCAGAGCUCUCCGGCCUAACGACGAUCCAAGCACCUCUUGUUGAUGUGGAAAUCAGAGGUGUACCAGCGCUUCAGUUCUUAGGUGACAUGGUUUGGAAAUAAAACAUGGUCGGACAUAGUGAAUAUAAAUAGAAAUGAAUAAUUGUUAGAGUCGAGAUACAAUAGUACUAUUGUUUAUUGUUAGAAAUAUCAUCACUAACGAUUAUACA